UUAAAUCCCACCCAUCAUCAAAUUAAAGACUUUAAAGGCUUCAACUUUUUACUUGAAACUUUCAAUUUCACUUUUUUUUUUCUCUUUAUAUAUUUAGACAUCAAAUCAAAUCAAAGAAACCAAAAACCCAUGUCCAAAAAGUCUCAAAAGCAACCCAAAACCCAUCCCAUCAGCUCCAACUCCCCAGUCUUUUUACCCAAUUUCCCUCUUGUUUUAGCUCAACCCCAUCGAAACCCACUUCCAAAGCCACCAUGUCUCCCUGGAGAAUGCCUUUCUUUCUCUUGUUUCUCCUCAUUUUGGCUAAUGUGAUCACUUCCAUUGAAGCAACUUCACUAACCCAAGAAAAUGGGCCUUCCUUGAAGGAGGAGAAGAGGAGCCAGGAGAGCUUGAUGGUGCCUCUAAGGGAGGAGAAGUUUGUGAUGAUGAUGAAUGAAACAAGAAGAAAGCUCAAUAGUUUUCGGAUAUGUGCUCUUUGUACUUGCUGUGGAGGAGCUAAAGGGUUGUGUUUGCCAUCUCCUUGUUGCUAUGCAAUUAAUUGCAACAUUCCACAUAGGCCUUUUGGGUUCUGUUCUUUCACUCCUAGGACCUGCAAUUGCUUUGGUUGUCAUCUCUGAGUAAAAUCUCUUUUUAUAAGAAAAUAAAAAUUAAUUUUAGUCUC